AUGUUUUGUCCGUGGUUGGAAAUUCCACCUGAAAGAAUCCCUGCAUUAGAAUUGCCUGGAGCCAGCAUGGACCUUCUCAUUGAUAGUGAUCAUAUUUUACAUACUUUAGAGGUUUACGAAGUAAUUCAUAAUUUUGGCUCCACCAUUCAGCUUUCUCCUUUUCUUUUUGAAGAUUUUUGUUGCGCUUUGCGAAACCAAAGUCAAUCUAAACUUCUUGGAGAAAUUCAUAUUGCGUUUUUGCGUUUAUUUUUCUCUGAAGAGGAACAAGAAAAAACUACAUUUUCUGUUUUUGAUACAAAUCUCUCUUUUAACGUUGUACUGCAAUUACUCGACCAUAUGAACUAUGCCGAAGUUUUGAGAUUGUAUUUGGAAAGUGAUCCAAAUUUUCCAGCAGAAGUCUUAAAAAUUUUGGAAGAGGGAAAAUAUCCAUUUGUAGCUAUGGAUAAACGUUUAGUCGUUCUCAAAUGGAUGUGUGAUCGGUUUUUUGAGACAACCAUUUUCAAACAAUUAGUUCGCGAUGAAGGAAAAAUUAAGCAUGACCAACAUUGUCGUUAUUGUGCAAAAUCUUGUAUUGGCUCUCACGAAUCACAACAAACCUCAAUAGAAUGUUCUGGCUGUGAUGCAAUUUAUCAUUUUAAUUGUACAGAAUCUUCUUUUGGUCCGCCUGAGUUAAACGAGAAAUGGCUUUGCUCUGUUUGUAUUAAACACCAAUUAACUGGUUCAACUGAUUGUAUCUUACCUGGUCAAACUACUCUAAGGAAGUUGCCACUUGGUUAUGAUAGAAAAGGUCGUAUUUAUUGGUUCCUUGUUAGACGGAUUUUUAUUCAUGAUCCAUUUAUUAAUGAAAUUUAUUAUUACUCAACUUUGCCUCAACUUUUUGAUCUUUGUGCUGUUCUUGACCCGAAUUAUUAUGAAAAGAGGUUAUGUCAAACGCUUUGCGAAUGUUUGCCUCACAUUGCUGUUCAAAUGCAUAUUACCCUUGAACUGACAGAAGAACGUCGUAGGUUAUUGCAAACCAAAUCGCCCAAGCCAGUUGUCGAUAAUUCCCAUCGAAUGGCUAAAAUCUUGACUGAAGCUCAAAUUGAAGCUGACAAUAAAUCAGAGCAAAUUACUGAUAAUAAUUCUGAUAGUGUGGAAAAGCCCAGCUUAAUGCAGAUAAUCCGCAAUCUUCUUUGUAUUCGUCAUGGUAGAUUAGAAGCUUGUUAUUGGAGUGGAAAAUUGAAUGAAGAUCAGCUAAUUUUUAAUCAUAAAGUAUGGAAUGAUUCUCUUCAAUCAAACAAUUAUGGCUCAUUUUAUUCACUUUCCUCAGAUUUAGAACUACGAAUGCGUAGAGGAAUUCGUCUGGGAUUUUCUGAUGCUGGACACAGAAAUUAUGUCAAUCAAUUUUCUGUAAAUGAUUUGGCUAGAUCUCCUUAUUUACGUGCAAAAGAACGUGAUAAAAAGCGUUAUUUAAAUUCUCGUUUCUGCUUAACUGAUGAUGGAGAAUUCAAUUGGCCCAACCAUAGGGGAGCUUCCCCAUUUGGAACAGAAGCAGAUGUUCUUAAAUGUAUUCAACUUAGCAUUCGUCGCAUGAUUGAACGUAUUCCUGAUACAUUAAUGCAUCAAAAUUGGAUUCUUGAAAAUGAAAAGGAACGUUUUAUGCAGCAACUAUUACGAGAAGGUGCUAACUUUAAUACUUUACGCUAUUUGUUGCUUCUCUUUGAACGAGUUGUUCGCAAACCUGUGUUUUUAAAUAUUUGGUGGGCAGGAUUAGCUUUGACCAGGUUUAAUCGAGUUACUGUUGAGGAUAGAGAAAAGCGACAAAAAUUUGAAUCGUUAAGAAGGAAAGAAGAAAAGCUACUUGCUAAUGCUGAUGAAUCUGAAUCAACUGGGAUUGUUUGGGUCAAAUAUUCCCUUUAUGGUUUUAAUCUACCUAGACAUAACUUGUGGAGGCUAAGAGAUGGAAAUGAACAGUUCCGAGUAAAUGGUGGAUGGCUUUGGGUUUCUUCAUUAAUGACACGACGUUUUGUCCCAUGUCCUGAGAAACCAAAUCCAUAUGAGAAACCUUCAAAAUCUGUUGCUUCUCUAAAAGCUGCUCAUCUUUAUCAGAUUGCUAACCGUCUACUAAUUUGGAGAACAAAAGAAGAGUUAGCCAAACUUUCGAAUGUCAAUGGUCAUUGUUGUUUUUCAUUUUCUUGCCGAGCUGCUUUUGUUUCUAUCAAGAAACCAAGAAACGGGUUUUCUUUAAUUGACUCAUCCAUUUUAUUACCUUGUUACAAUCCAAGCUGUGUGCGAAAUCUGCCGAAUGUUUUUACUUCUGAACGACCUGCAAGAGCAAAACCUCCAUCUAUUAAACGAGAAUUAUCUCCACAUUCGACGCAAUCUGAAACAAAUACUUUUCCUUAUCCUAAGCCUUAUAAUUUUAAACGUAAAUCGUGCAAUAAUGGAAGAACAAAGGAAAGCAUUCUCAUUCUUCCAAAUUGGUGUAUGCGUCGUUUAGCUCGUCAAGGAGGUUUAAAUGCUAAAACGUUGGCUCCAGGCUUUCUACCAUCUGCAAAAGCCAAUCCUCAGGCAUGGCCUUAUUUGUGUCCACGGCCUGCAUUCGAUCACUGUUGGCGUUACCUUACAAGCAGCGCAUCUUCGCUUCAUGCCUUAGCCCUUCGCUUUCGUCAAAUUUAUGCUUCAAUUCGUUGGAUGGAUAUGUGGCCCUCUGAUCCCGAUGAUCCUGUUUUUUAA